GUCUUGCCUGUCACGCGAAGCGAAUACAACAAACAAUUGAAAGCAUUAAAUAAGAAAAGGUUUGUAGUCGUUAGCGAUAACGAUCAUUUGGCUGGUAAAAGGGAAGGUGUGGAGUGCGUGUUGCCGGCGUUUUAAAUAGCUUGCUCUACCACCACCAACGACCGAGUUGACGCUACUCCAGUAACCUAACCACGUGUUAUUUUCCAGUGAUUAGCAACAACAGGCGGAAUAUUAGUGUUAAACUUCACCAGCCAAGAACAACAUGGUGUGUGCUUCGAAAUUGAAAGAACUAGCUUUGAAGCUGUUCGAAAUCAACGCGUUCAAGUUUGGUGACUUCAAAAUGAAGGUGGGCAUCAACUCGCCGGUAUACUUCGAUUUGCGCGUGAUCGUAAGCCACCCGGAUGUAAUGGAUACCUUGGCGGAUAUGUUGCAGGAGUUCAUAGUGGAAUGCAAGCUGGACACGGCUGGGACACAUUUGUGUGGCGUCCCCUACACAGCACUACCGCUGGCAACGCUUAUUUCAAUUAAGGCCAAUAAACCGAUGCUGAUACGGCGCAAGGAGGCAAAAAAGUAUGGGACAAAAAAGUUGAUCGAGGGCAAAUUCAAUGCGGGCGACAAGUGUCUCAUCGUUGAGGAUGUCGUGACGUCCGGUUCGAGCAUCUUGGACACGGUCAACGAUAUUCGCUCGGAAGGAUUGAUCACAACCGAUGCGAUUGUGGUGGUCGAUCGUGAACAGGGUGGUGUACAGAACACGGCCGAGCGUGGCGUUCGUAUGCACUCGCUCUACACGCUGUCCUUUCUGCUACAGACCAUGCUGGAGGCGAAACGUAUCGAGGAGAGUACGGUGAAGGCGGUCGCCAAGUACAUCGAGGCCUGCCAAAUCCGUAGCGACGGAUCGUUCAUCAACAAUGGUACCACUGUUGUGAACGAACUGAGCCGCAUCGGGAUGAGCUUCGAGGCACGGACGGAUCUUGCCAAGUGUCCGCUGGCGAAGGAGCUGUUUAAGGUGAUCGCCGCGAAAAAGACGAUGCUCUGCCUAGCAGCCGAUCUGACCACCAGUGAGGAAAUUCUGAAUCUUGCCGAUGCGGUCGGACCGUACAUAUGCGUGCUGAAAACGCAUUGCGACAUUAUAACCGACUUUAGCGAGCAGUUCGUCCGGUCGCUGCAAUCACUCGCCCGUCAGCACAACUUUCUGCUGAUGGAAGAUCGUAAAUUUGCUGAUAUCGGUAAUACGGUCGCGCAGCAGUACGUUGGCGGACUCUACCGGAUCGCUGACUGGGCAGAUCUGGUGACGGUACACGCAUUACCGGGGCAAGGCAUACUGAAGGGUUUGAAGUCGGCCCUCAAUGUCGAUAGACCGCUCGCAACGCGCGGUGUCUUUCUUCUGGCCGAAAUGAGUACCGAGGGAACCCUGACGGACGAGAAAUAUGCGACAGCGACGAUGAAGAUGGCCACCGAGAUGGAUACCGAUUUUGUGGCCGGUAUCGUUUGUCAAAGCAAGGAUCUUGUUGCGUCGCCCGGUUUGUUGCAGCUUACGCCGGGCGUUAAACUGCAGGAAGGCGUUGAUGGACUCGGCCAACUGUACGAAAGCCCUGAAAGGGUAGUGAAGGAACGCGGUGCUGAUGUGUGCGUCGUUGGGCGUGGGAUUCUAUCCUCAAAAACACCAUCGGAAACUGCCCGCAUCUACCGCGAUCGUCUGUGGGAGGCUUAUUUAGAGCGCAUUGGAGUUGAAAAGAAUGGUGCGGCGCAUUGACAAUUUUCUAACAUACAACUAGUACAGUGAAAUUAUUCAACUGAUCUAAAUAGUUUUACGGCAAAAGUUACGAACUUUAUACAUACGUACAUCCCAGAUAGAACCACUAAUGGAAAGGGGCCCCAGAAAACCGAUUUAUCUUUUGUAAUCAAUUGUGAUAUUUUUGAAAUAUUACUUUAUUGUAAAAAAAUACACCAAGCCUCUAUUAUGUACAGAA